AAAAUCUGCCUCCAGGGCCUGGGUCUGGCUGAGGGCUGCGUGCGCCCGGCCCUGCCUCUCAGGGUGAACCGAGGAAUUGAUGACGCGCCCAAUGCUGCUUUGAGGUAUGUGCCUAACCGGAUGAACCACCUGUAAGGAAACCCCGCCAGGCCUGUACAUCACUUGGAAUUCUUAGAUUAUCCAGGAAUGGACGGUCUUCAGCAGUGUUAAGUAUAUUACCGUUGGCUUAUGAGAUGGUUUCUCUGCAGAGGAAAGGGCUGCCGUCCAGGAUCCUCAGCUCUGAAGAAGAGGAGAAACUGAAAAGAGACCAAACUUUAGUGUCAGAUUUUAAACAACAAAAACUGGAAAGAGAGGCUCAAAAGAACUGGGACCUUUUUUACAAAAGAAAUAGUACCAAUUUUUUCAAAGAUAGACACUGGACCACUAGAGAGUUUGAGGAACUAAGAUCAUGUAGGGAGUUUGAAGAUCAGAAGAUGACUAUACUUGAAGCUGGCUGUGGUGUUGGGAAUUGUUUAUUCCCGCUUUUAGAAGAAGACCAGAAUAUCUUCGUCUACGCCUGUGAUUUUUCUCCAAGAGCUGUUGAAUAUGUCAAGCAAAAUCCUUUAUACAGCACAGAAAGAUGCAAGGUGUUCCAGUGUGAUCUGACUAAAGAUGACCUUCUGGAACAUGUGCCCCCAGAGUCUGUGGAUGUUGUCACGUUGAUAUUCGUGCUGUCUGCUGUUCACCCUGAUAAGAUGCACCUUGUCUUACAAAACAUCUACAAGGUAUUGAAACCAGGCAAAAGUAUCUUGUUUCGUGACUAUGGGCUUUAUGAUCAUGCCAUGCUUAGGUUUAAAGCCGGCAGCAAGCUUGGAGAAAACUUUUAUGUUAGACAAGAUGGAACCAGAUCAUAUUUUUUCACUGAUGAAUUCCUGGCACAUCUCUUUUUGCGUGCUGGUUACGAAGAAGUGGCGAAUGAGUAUGUGUUUCGUGAGACCGUGAAUAAAAAAGAAGGCCUCUGCGUGCCGAGAGUUUUCCUUCAGAGCAAAUUCCGCAAGUCUCCAAGACCUGACAACUAUGACCCUGGGCCACCUCACAAGUUUUGACCUUUGUUGAGAUUCCUUUGGAAGAGAAAGUUUGGAGUCACCAUUUUUAUAAUUUACUUUUUAAAAAAUGAUACAUAUUUUUCUAUGGAAAGUAGCAAGUAUGCGUAUGUAUUAUAGAAAUACAAAUAAAAUG